AAUCAGUAAUCUGCAAUUUUUGUUUAUGCGUUUACGAAACUGAUUUUUAACUAAUUCUAAACAUGAAUAGUAAUUUAUUACACGUAGAAAUAGUACAAAAAAGAAAUAGUAUUGCAAAAAAGUCAUUUAUAGUCGACGCAGUUAAAGGUUUUCUUUCAAAUUAUUCCUCUAUAACGCCGGGUGUAACUAUCCACAACCAUGAAUUUGAAGAAAACCCUAAUCUUUUGGAACAUGUAGAGUGCAUAUCGUUCUGCGAUACGGAGCAAGAUUCUGAAGUUGUAGGAUCUGAAGCAAACUUCGUAUACCAUGUUUACACUUUGGACACGUUCGGAGUAGAAACCGACACCAUGACGGACACUGCAUCAGGCGAGGAGCUGUCUGCGGCCGACGUGUGGGCGCUACCGGCCGAGGAGUUCCACGGCCUGUGGGAGAGUUUAGUGUUCGAUUCCGAGCUCAAGGAGGACUUGCUGAAAUUUGUGGAAACCGCUUUCGAAUUCGCCGAUUUGAGGGUGGAUCCGAACGUUAUAAGCUGGAACAGGGUCGUCCUGCUGCACGGUCCGCCCGGGACCGGCAAGACGAGCCUCUGCCGGGCGCUCGCCCAGAAGCUGGCCAUACGUCUUGGAGACAGAUUCCCUCGAGCCCGUCUGCUCGAAAUCAACGCCCACGGCCUCUUUUCCAAAUGGUUCUCGGAGAGCGGAAAACUCGUGGCGAAACUGUUCGACCGCAUACGAGAGAUCGUCGACGACCCCAAGAUGCUAGCGUGCGUGCUGGUGGACGAGGUGGAGUCGCUGGCGCACGCGCGCCGCGCCGCGCUGGCGGGUCUCGAGCCGUCCGACUCGAUCCGAGCCGUCAACGCCAUCCUCACGCAGUUGGACCGGCUCAAGCGGUACCCCAACGCGCUCGUGCUGACCACGUCCAACGUGACGGGCGCCAUCGAUGUGGCGUUCGUGGACCGCGCCGACAUCAAGCGGCACGUCGGCCCGCCGUCGGAGCGCGCGGCGUACGAGAUCCUGCGCGGCUGCUGCGCGGAGCUGAUGGCGCGCGGCGUGGUGGCGCCCCGCGAGCAGCUGUUCGCGCUGCGCGUGCUGGAGGCGGCGCGCUUCGCCGACACGGAGGGUUCGCGCGCCUCGCUGCGGCUGUGGGCCGCCGCGCGCGCCGCCGCCACGCACUCCAUCUCGGGCCGCGCCCUCCGACGCCUGCCUUUUCUUGCUCGCGCCCUGUACAGCGGGGCUAGGCCUCCUCUUUUGCAAUUUAUAGAGGCUCUACACGCCGCGUUGACCAGUCAUUUGGCAGAUGCCAGUGACCUUGAAAAGAACGAUUUACCAGUAGAAACUUGAUAAAGUAUGUUUAUACUGUUUGCUGUGGAGUUCUGUUGAUCUAUCAAUUUUAUAAGGAACUAUUUGCUAUGUGCUGUAAUUAUUAUCUUCUAGCUAUUUAAUUACAGACUGUGUUAAGCAAUGAAUUGAAAUUAC